AUGAAGUUGUCAAAUCCAUCGGCGGUGCCCGUGUACACCAUCUCUGGAUCAGCGACUGCCCGUCCCCUGCCCGAAUGGCUUGCGCGACAGAGGAAGCGCAGUCUCAAGCAAGACCCCGAGUGGGCCAACAGAGUCGAGCUGCUGCAGGACUUUGAAUUCGAAGAAGCCUCGCAGUGCGUGAGGGUCAGCGACGAUGGCGAAUGGGUCAUGAGCACCGGAACCUACAAGCCUCAGCAACACGUUCACUACCUACCGCAUCUGUCCCUGUCGUACGCCCGCCACACCGACUCGCUCAACCAGACCUUCCUCCUGCUGUCGUCCGACUACACCAAGUCGCUGCAUCUGCAGACUGACCGCACCCUCGAAUUCCACACGCCCGGCGGCAUGCACUACCGCACUCGUAUCCCCCGUUACGGUCGCGACCUCAAGUACAACAAGCGCUCGGCUGAAGCCCUCAUCCCUGCCUCGGGUGUCAACGCGGAUGGCAUGGGCGAGGUCUACCGCCUGAAUCUUGAGCUGGGACGUUACAUGAAGGCUUACGAAGUCGACGUUGGCGGCGAUGACUGGACCAGCUCAGGCGCCGGUGCCCUGCAGGGCGGAAUCAACACAGGCUGCGUCAACACGGCCGCCAUCGCCGAAGACUCGCACAACCUCCUCGCCUUUGGCACGAGUAUCGGCACCGUCGAGUUCUGGGACUCGCGCUCUCGCAGUCGCGUCGGUCUCCUCUCAUCUCCUACCCAAUCACAAGAGCAGCGUCCACAAGUCACCGCUCUCGAGUUCCACCGCUCUGGCCUCAACCUCGCAACCGGCGACUCUGACGGCAUCGUCCACGUCUACGACUUGCGUUCCCCCAUGCCACUCCUCACAAAAGACCAGGGCUACGGCUACGCCAUCCAGACUCUCAAGUACAUGUCGCCCACAUCGACACAAGUUCAGAGCGAGAAGCUCAUGUCGGCCGACAAGCGCAUCAUCAAGAUCUGGGAAGCCUCCAACGGCGAUCCUUGGACCAGCGUUGAGCCUGCUGUCGACCUCAAUCACGUCGAGUGGUGCAAAGACAGCGGUAUGCUGCUCACUGCUAACGAGGGUCGCCAGCAACAUUCCUUCUUCAUCCCUCAGCUGGGCCCUGCUCCCAAAUGGUGCUCCUUCCUCGACAACCUCGUCGAAGAAAUGGCCGAGGACGCCCAAGACCCGUCUGCCUUCAAUGCUGGCGCACAAGAGACUGGCGCCGUCUACGACAACUACAAGUUCCUGUCAACCCAGCAACUUCGCGAACUCAACCUCGACCACCUCGUCGGCACCACCUCCCUCCUCCGCCCCUACAUGCACGGUUACUUUGUCGCCCAGAAGCUCUACGAACAGGCUCGCCUCAUCAGCAACCCCGACAUGUUCGAAGAACAGCGCGCCAAGUCCAUCGCCGAAAAGAUCAACAAGGAGCGCGAAUCUCGCAUCCGAGGAAACAAGGCUGUCAAGGUCAAGGUCAACAGAAGACUGGCAGAAAAGAUGGCUGCAAGAGAAGAAGCAAACGAGCGUCGCAAGGCCAGACGUGUCUUGCGACAGGGAGGAGACGAGCCACAACCACAAGCAGAAGGAGAGGACGAGGAGGAUACAGACAAGCCAGCCAGAGGUGUUCUCGGCGACGACCGUUUCGCAUCGCUGUUCCAGGACGAAGACUUCGAGAUUGACGAGCAGUCGCGCGAAUUCCAGCUGCACAAUCCCUCGACCGUCCCUGUUGCCAAAGACGCCGAGCGGAAGCGUGGUCUCACAGCUGUCGAAGAAGAAGCCAACCAGUCCAUCCACGGCUCCUCGGACGACGAAUCAGAAAGCGAGAUCGACGAUGCUGCUGCAGAAAGACAGCAACGCGGUGUCCAGCGUCGCAACGACCGUGGCGACGACAAUACUGUCGACAAGAACCGCAUCUCAUCUACCAACUACCGCAAAUCUGGCCACAAGUCAAAGCAGCCUCAAAUGUCCGUCUCAUCCUCGCAACCCAAGAACAAGAACGCAAACGCCAACCGUCGGGAUCGUUCCUUCGGUGACCUUGCGCAGAAUCUCAGAGAUCAACCCAAGAGCAGCAUCAGACAAGGAGGUGUCGUUGGUGAGAAGGAAGUCACAUUUGCACCGCAAAAGGUGCAGAAAAGACCUCAAAGGCCGAGGGAGAGCUAUGGUGGUGGUGAUGCCGAUGAUGGCAAUGGAAGAAAGAUUCCCAGAGGCAAGGAGAGGAGAAGUGCUUCUGGUAAUGUCUUCAGAGGCAUGUAA